CCAAUCGAAGAGCUCGCAGGACUGGCGUUCCUAUCGCGAGAUUAUCACAUUAGCUUGGUUAGUUAGCUAGCCGCGAAAAGCUUGACCGUGUACCCGCAGUUUUACAUCUUUAUUCUUCUUAAAGCACAGAGAGGACUGCGCGUUGCUGUUUGAUUAUUGUCUUCUCACGCCUGCAAGAAAGGAUAAUCGCCGGGCCUUGUGUUUGCACGGAUCCCAAUGAUGAGUUAUGCUGAAAAGCCAGAAGACAUCACAAAAGAAGAGUGGAUGGACAAAUUAAACAAUGUGCACAUACAGAGGGCGGACAUGAAUCGGCUCAUUAUGAACUACCUGGUGACAGAGGGAUUCAAAGAGGCUGCAGAGAAGUUUCGGAUGGAGUCUGGGAUCGAGCCAAGUGUGGACCUGGACUCUUUGGAUGAAAGGAUAAAGAUUAGAGAGAUGAUCCUGAAGGGACAGAUUCAGGAAGCUAUUGCACUCAUCAACAGCCUACAUCCAGAGCUGCUUGACACCAAUCGAUACUUGUAUUUUCAUCUGCAGCAACAACAUUUGAUAGAGUUAAUUAGACUAAGGGAGACUGAGUCAGCGCUGGAGUUUGCCCAGACACAACUGGCCGAGCAGGGGGAGGAGAGCCGUGAGUGUCUGACAGAGAUGGAGAGAACACUAGCUCUUCUGGCCUUUGACAACCCAGAAGAGUCGCCCUUUGGAGACCUGCUCAACAUGAUGCAGCGGCAAAAGGUGUGGAGCGAGGUGAACCAAGCUGUGCUGGACUAUGAAAACAGGGAGUCGACGCCCAAACUGGCUAAACUCCUGAAGUUACUGCUGUGGGCACAGAAUGAGCUGGACCAGAAGAAGGUGAAAUAUCCCAAAAUGACUGACCUUAGCACGGGCACCAUCGAGGACCCGAAGUGAACAUAACAGACAAGAACAACCUUCCACGUCCCCUUAAUUUAUGAUCAGUCAGUGACUGUGUGACAACCAGGUAACAUAUAUGUAUAAACAAAUUCUACAUUGUGUUUUUCUUGUUUCAUUCAUGAGAGGUAAGAAUUAACUCAUUGUGCAAACUGUAAAUUGCUGUAUUUGCAAAUUGACAGAAAUUAUUUAGUUUAAAUACUGAUCCUGGGUUUUUAGAUAGAUCUUGGAAACAAAAUUCAAAUUGCUGUUUUAUAUUUUUUCUUUGUAAAGCCUAAGCCGGUAGUAUUAUUUAUUGUGACCAUUUUCCCCACCAACUGUUUAUUUAGCCAGAAAGAGAGUUAAUGGUAUAAAUAAACAAUAUUAAUACUGUGGCGUGUGUGGAGCCAAAAGCUAAGCUCCCCAGGAUGGAGGGGAGCACAACUGUAAAGGUUUAAACUUUGAAACAGCGGUUGUGUUUAGAUUGAGAUGACACACUGCAAGAAAUAAGUUUAAAAUUAGAAUUUCAUACACAAAAUGUAAGUAUUUUUCAAUUAAAUGGAAAGAUACAGUUUAUUAAUGUAAUAUAGUUUUAAUUAAUUAAUAUAAUAUUUUAUGAUUUUAUUUAGUAUGAUGUUUGCGAUUUUGAAUCAGCCACUUGCUUUCUACACCUUGAAAUUUGAUUGUAUUACAAUUACCUUUACAAUGUUGUCCAUGGGAAGAACUGCCUUGCAAAAUUAUCAUUUCACGUGUGUGUUUUGAGAGGGUGAAGUACGUCCUGACUGACGGUUUGAAAUCAGAGAUGGCUUUCUGACUGAGUUUAGCCCUCUAGGCCUUUUCUGAGCUUACAGUAUGUUAUGUUUGGUUUAAUGUUACAGAGGGUUGAGGUUAGGAUCAUGUUCUGCCAAUCCCAUUGAUGGAGGGAGGAUUUAUACACUGCUUGAGGAAAAAGGGCUGCUCCGAUCAAGUAAUGCCAAUUACGAAUUACGGCAACUCUAGUUUGAAAACGCUCCUAUUUAAAAUCUAUUCAGACUGGAACUGAUUCUUUUGUUCAUUGGCACUGUUUUGGUAAUUAAUAACAAUGAUCAAAAGCAUUGACAUUUAGAAUCUGAACAGGCAUAUUGAAAAGGGUCACACAACUCGCUGUCCAUUUUGCCACUUUUAAAGCUGUUAGUAUUUUCACUUUAACUGCAUGUAAGUGUAUCUGUUUUUUCUUCAAUGGGGAAAGGCACUUGUGCUCGUUUUAUUUUGUUUGAUUUGUUUACUUUUAUAUAAAAACAAACAAACUUGCUGCUAGUUGUCCAUCCUUAAUUUCUUUUAAGGUUGUAUCGUCUUUAUAGAUAUUGGCUUUGACAAAUACUGAGACCCAGAGAGCUCACAUCCCUUUUAUUAUUCAACAUUUUUAAGAUCAGAUUUGCAAUUAUUAAAAUAAACAAAACUUUUGUGAACCAUA